AUGCCAUCGCUCGCUACAUCAGAUCGGAUUGCGAUUAAUGACGUGCUUGAGCAGUACAAGCCUGGUGAAGACUCGAUGGUCGACACAUCGCAUAGUUUGCUGCAGAAUCCAGCCUUAUCGCACGCGCCAUCGCGUACGAACCUGGCACCACCCAUCACUGCAUUCCUGGGGAAUCCAUCAGUUGGUAUGGGCUCGCAAUGGGUGCAUGAAGACGUGUCUUUGUCCGCAUACAUCCGUGACGAAAAUACCACACAGGAAGAUCCAGGCAUGCGUACGGGAACCACUACCACUGGUGCACGCCCUGAUGCAAGCUCCGUAGCAGACGCAGCUGCAUUCACAAACGCUACGUCCGAGCCAAGCGCACGUGUGUCAGCACCUGCGCACGUCUCCGCUACAAGACACGCUUCGGAGCGAGCUGCGCCUUCUCGUGAUACGUCGCUGCAUCAGCCCGACGAGGCAAGUGAGCAGGAUGCUCAGAGGCCUACGAACAUGCCCACAGCGAGUCGUGUGCAUGUGGUAGGGACGACGCGGUCGUCGCCCACGAAAAAAGCACCUGACAUGACAUCGGUCUAUGACUCCUUGCCGACGCCUCGAACGAACGAAAUCUUCCCAGACGGUCUGUUCACGAGUGUAGUGACGCCCGUGCUUGAUCAGUCCUCUGCGUCUGAACGACCAGCUCGUGUCCCGGACGAUUUCUUGACGACGACGAACGAGUCCAUAUCGCGGGAACCUCUUCUGGACCGUGCUGAUCUGGACAAGUUCUUGCUCGCAGGCGACGACGAAAACGCGCUUCAUAUCAAGCUAGAUGAACGUGCUCCAAACGAGGGAGAACAGCUCAAUGCAGAGCCUGAGCAGACAGUUUCGAAGGCCAAUGACCGGGAGCCGGUGCCUGAAGGUGUGAAUACUUCCAUGUCGUACCAUCCACAAAACACGGUCUCUGAACGAAGAGGAUAUGAAGCAGGAUGA